UCCGACUGAAGAGUGAGGCCUGAGGGCCGAUAAGAUCGUCCUCUUGGUUUUCUUGGGUUGUAUAAGAAGGCUGGAAUCCGUCAUCAUGUCUGGGAGCAUGGCGCUUGCUGAUCGGGAAGACGACAUGGGUUCUCUCUUCGAAGGCAUGAUUCUUUUCGGCCCUUCACAUAUUUGUCAAGACGAUGAUGUAGAUGGUGAUGAUCGUGAUCACCAAUCUCUUCCGCCGGCCUCCCCUCCUAUUCCGACUUCAUCGUCCCAAUCGCACCCUCUGGACGAGAACCUGUUUUCUGAUCUCACUCUAGUCACACCCAACGAACAUUUAGUUUUACAAUUACAGUCCGAUCCCUCUCCCACGACAACAUCAGAAGCAUCAGAAACGGCAAUUCCCUCCAUCGCUCGGCAAGUUUCUAGAAGGAAAAAGAAAGGAGGCAUCAGGAUUGGAUACGGAAGAGACGCCUCACUUGCUGACCACCACUCUUCAGCUCCUUCUUCUGAUUCCAAUUCCCAAGAAGAUAAAUUUUCCAUUCCCUCAACCGAAACUGAUACUUCGCCGUCGCAGCCCAUUGUCAAUAUCAGUGUUUCUGAUGAAGAUUCACGUCUUCCUACGGCAGUCAUUCCCGGUGCUGCAACCUUAGAUCCUGAUUCGGAAGAAGGAACUUUAUCUUCGGUAGUUAACGAUGUCUUGCGUGAUGAAAAUUUAGUGCCACCUGGCGGUGUACACGAGCUCUCUCCUCUGUCUCUCGGCCAUUCAGCGGAGGAGAAGCUGGAGCAGGUAAGAGCUAGGGUAUCGGCAAAGCUCGAGCAUAUUCGGGAAUUGGCCGCUUCUAUUUCCACAACUAGGAAGGAGUUUGCAAGGAGGAGAAGAGAAGCCAUUGAUAGAGUAAAUUUAGCCUCCAUCAAGCACACGGAACUGGAGAGGGAGCUAGAGGAAGCUUGCGAUGCUGAAGAUUUUGAGAGGGCGGAAAGGGUUAGUGAAAGCAUUGCAGCAGCAGAAACCGAGAAGCAAGGUCUUAUAAAUUUAUUGAAGGUUGCAGACACAGACUGCGAUUCUAUCGAAUUGAAGAUGCAGGAGGUGUGGGGGUUGCAGAUUGCAGCCGAGGAAGAAAGUGUAUCGUUGCUGGAACAAUUCACAAAGGAGUAUUUUAUUCCAGAUCAUCUUAGGUCUUCAACAGCCAUAUCAUCAAUGCAUGAGUUUAAGGCAUCCACAUUCACAUUAUCCAAGGAAACUGCUACUAGUGCGGAUUUAGUUUUGAAGAAUGUUGAAUCAGUAUCAUCAAAGGAAAUGGAUGAGUGGAUAUCAUCAAUGGAAGCCCUAGAGGAGAAAAAACUGGAAUUGGAGAUUUAUUCGCUCUUAAUGAAUGAUGCACGCCUGGGAUUCAAUGAUUCCAUCGACCACUUGAUCAAGGAUGACAGGAGACAAAAGGAAUUUCUUUCUGAGAAACGACUGAAGCUUACAGAGGAAUUGGAGGAAUUACUUACUUUAGUAAGAAACAAGGAAGCUGAGAUUGCACAAAAUGAUUCUAAUAUCGAUGCAGUUGAGAAAAAAAUUGCUGAUGCUGUGUCGGGGUUUCAUGAUAUACAGUUGAGUAUUGAUAUGAAGUAUGAUAAUUUGAAGUCUGCCCUUUCCAGAACGGAGUCAUCAAGUGGAGCUUUAUACAUCAAAAAGAAGGAAAUUGAUGACUUCCUGUCUCAGGAAGAAGAGAGGGUAGCGAGGCUCAGGGAACUUGCUAUUCAUUCUGCAAAUGAAGCAAAAGCAUGCCAAGAAAUUGUUGGGCUAAGAAAGAGUUUAGUGUCAUCCGUAUUCAAGUUGAGGGAAGACAAGGUGAGGCUUGCCAAGACUGAGGAGAGAAUUCUGGAGGAGGUCCAACACCUCAGACAAGAAGUUUCUGCUGCAAGAGCUUCUCUACAGGAACUAUCUUCAAGAAAGUCAAGCAUCCAGCAGGAGGUUUCUUCUUCCAAGCAGAGGAUAUUCUUCAUAGAGAAGAGAGGCCCAGAGCUGGAAGCUGAAAAGAAAGUUGCUGCUACUGCCAGAAAUUUUAAGGAAGCAGGGCGCAUUGCAGCUGAAGCGAAGGCAUUGACUGUUGAAAAGGAAAGCAUCCAACUUAAACUGAAGAAAGCCAUUUUAGACCUUGGGGAGGUGGAGGAAGGAAUUGAGCUCACUGCUAACAGAAUGAAGGAGACAGAGGGGCUAAUUAUAUCCAAGGAAAAAGGGGAAGCUAUGGCAAGGUGCGAGAGGCUACAUUUAGCUGCUGGUGCUGCCAUGGCAGAAAGAUCUGCAGCUCUAGAAUUGGGUGACUUUCAAGAAGCCAAAGUUUUACUCGCAGAGGUAGAAGCAGCAGAGUCUGAAGCAAAAAAGCUCCAACAAGAUCAUAAUUUUGAAGAGGAUGAAUUCGGAAGUCUACCAAAGCACUUCAUCUCCAUGGAGCUUAUCACCAGUCUCGGGGGGGAACAGUUGGCAGAGAUGGAAAAAUCUUUUCAUAUUUCCUCAACAUGAGGAUCACAAGUACAGUGCGGUAAAAUUUUGGAUGAACAAAAUAGUUGGCAGAAUCAAGUGUGGAGCCUUGUAGUUGGAAACUGGAAUCGUGUGGGAACUCUGCUCAUAUGGACUGCGGGGACAGGAACAGCCUGUAGAAUAUAAGUUAUCUCUUGUUGGAGCAAUUCCAUUCAGAAUGAGGAUUUGCAGGACAUGAUGGGGAUGGUUCAACGAGGCAUGGCCAAGGGAGUAUUUUUCUUGUUACAUGAUUUUGUAAGGAUAAAGAUGUCCAUUUAGUGAUAGCGGUAAACAAUUAGUGUUACAUGAUUUUGUAAGGAUAAAGAUGUCCAUUUAGUGAAAGCUGUAAACCAUUAGCGGCCCCUGACAGCGACUCCCAUGGAGGUGGAUAGUUGCAAGUAUAUGCGAGAGAUUUCUGGCUUCCUGAUUUUGAGAAUGGGAAAGCUGAUCAAGAAAGUUCUAAAACA